AUGGCAGGAGUUUGGAGUGCGGGUGAUAUUGUAGAAGUAUUGGAUAAAGAUGGUUGCUGGAGAGAGUCUAUGAUUAACGAGGUUAUGGAAGAUGGUUACUAUUUUAUCUGGGUGUUUGAUUCUGCGCAUCCCGUUAUAGUGGAGAAGUCGAGUGUUCGAGCUCGGCAAGAAUGGAAAGAUAACAAGAAAGUAGCAGAUCAAUCUGUUCAUGUGCUGUCUAAAUCAUUGAAGAGGUCAUCUCCUGAUUAUGUAGCUUAUCCAAAGAGUGUCCAGAAACGAAGAUUAGUAGAUAAGGAGGUGGAUCUUGAUGCAUAUUCAUUCACUGGAAAGGUAGAAAAUGUGCAAAUUACUACUGAUGGGAAAACAAAAACAAUCGGUGAUAGUAAUGGUAAAGCAAGUAACAGCAGAAAACAUGAGCUAGAUGAUUGUAGUAGUACUGUAUCAUCUGUUGCAAGUUGUAGCAUCAGCAGUGCGGCGAUUCCGGCUGAUAGGUUGCUCAGCCAUUCUUCAGCAGGGUGUAGUAGCCAUGAUCAUAGUGUUUCUCUUUCGAGUGACGGCGAGUCUUAUAGUCAUGAUUUGGGAGAGGAGGAAGAAGUAUCCAGUGCUCAGUUUCAAAGGGGUGAUGCUUUAAAAGCACAUGAGUUAAAGUUACAUGGUUAUCGUGGUGUUUUGGAGUUAUUAUACUCGUCUGGUCCUUUAAGCUGGGAACAAGAAAUUGAAUUGACAAAGCUCCGUUUGAAGUUAUCAGUUUCAAAUGAUGAACAUCUCACAGAGUUAAGGAGGUUAAAGUCAAGUAGAAAUCUAGGUUUGAGUUGA